AUGCUCUGGUUUUUGAAGCAGAGGUUGAUCCUUCGGUCGAAACAUGCUGAAUCUAACUGCGAUGAUCUUUUCCCAUCAGAUGAGGAAGGUUCUGUGCAAGGCGAACUGCCUCAGGUGCCUCCAAAAAAGUUGAAACGCUCGAAAGCAUCGGGUUCAUCUUCGAGUUCAGAUCCUGCGAUCGCACCAGCAGCGGUGUCCAGCUCACUUGGUACAGCUAAGCGCUCAAAAAAAAUCAAGAUCAACCCAAUAACGAAGCCUCAAGUUACGGCUACUGAUUUAUUCGGCAGCGACUCUGAAGAUCCCGACGAGCCGACCCCUCAGCCUGCUGCCGUCGAGUAUAGUUUCAUAAUGGACGUAGACAUUAAAGAACAGCUGAUCAAAUCAGUAGACAAUAUAAAAAAUAAAAUAAGGGAAAUUCAAAGUGCAGAAGAAGCUGCUACUUUGAAAUAUAAAAAGGUGUUUAAACCAAUCACAGAUAAUUUGGAAACAAUGAUUAAAUCAAAUGAUAGAAAUAAACCCACACUCAAUGUUUCCAUUGAUAUGAGUAAUCAUGACAUAGAUGAGAAUCUAAACUCCUCUUUAGAUUAUGAGGACUUUAGUAAAAACGCACAAGCAGAUUCUAAUGCAAGCUCUGAAUACUACGAUUAUGCUGACGACGAAGUAACGAAGAAAGCAGGAAGUCCUUAUAAAAAGCUAAACGAUACGCUUGCAUCUCUAAAGGAUGAAAAAAUGGAAUUUUAUGGUAACUAUAUAAAUGUACCAUUUGGAAUACGAAGUGAAAACAAAGAAAUGAUGAUAGGAAACUCAAAAAUAUCAUUAUCUUCCAGUAGUAAUGCUUCGCAAACUAAUAAGAAAUAUGUUCUAAGCAUUGGUGAUAGAAAUUAUGAAUUAACACCAGGUUUAAGAGAACUACUUAUGCGCAAUAAACCCAAUCUUAAUGUUAUCAAUGAAAAGGACAAAAUAACGUAUAAAGAUAUACUUCAUUAUACAAAUGCUCAUAAACGAAAUUUUGAUCCGGACGGUCAAAUAAAGGGAGACAAAGGCUUAAAAUAUCGUCAAAUUAUCAAACCUUUGUUUUCUCAACCCACCAAGGUUGAAAAUAAAUAUUUAAGUACAGCUAAAAGUGGUGGUGGUUAUAAACCAAAAUAUAAAGUAUACAAAAGGAAUACAGAUUAUAUUUUCUGGGAUGAUCCUAACGAACUGAUUGAAAGGCUCAAACUAAUAAUAGCUUCUAAAAAUGCUGGUAACACAAAUCAUGAUAAUGAAAUUUUAUCAAUAAUCGAAGAACUAACUGAAGCAGGUAUUAUAAAGGAAUAAAAAGCAUUGCACUGUCUGAUAUUAAUUAGUAACAAAUAGAACAUUGGUCGCGAGUAUUGA